UUCUUUCCCAUUUCAGCCAAGAGGAGCCAAAGAAACAAACAUGUCAACAUCCGGAAAGUCAGUGAAAGAGGUUUUACAAGCGUUCAUUGAGAACUUAGAUCUUGUAAUAGAUCAGCUUAGAAAAGGAGAAUCAACCAGAGCUGAUACUGGCGAUUUUCAGGUUGAUAAGUACUGGACCCAUCUAGGUGCUGUAGUGAAGGCUGUGUCCCAUGAAUGUACCAAGUUAUGUAUCACCUUCUCCACUCCUCCACUGCCUGCUCCUGAGGAAUGUUCAGGUCUUGUUUCUGGUCUAGAGAGAGCCACACUUGCACUGGUGUCAGCUUUUUAUUCCCUACCCACAUCACAAGGUUUAACCUUGUGGAAGUCAUCAGUGGAUGCAGUCUGUGACAUCAUAGAGGGGGUUCAGGAGCUGGUCAGGAGGAUAGCUCAGGCAGAGACAGCAGGCUCUACUGAUCAGCUGCAAUCAACUGGGAAAGUUUGGGAGAGCUGCAAUGGCAUCAAAGAUAUUCCAAAAGAUAACAAAGCAGCAGUGAUUGCAGUGGUAACAGGUGCUAGUAACUUGGUAAAAGAUGCUUUAGAAGAACUGGAGGCAGCUGUGGAAAAUGAAGGUCGCUUGGAUGACCUUGACCUUGGUGAUGAUGACAGUGAUGACCUUGAGGAAGAAACAUGGUCUGAGGCAGACAAAAGGACAAUAGCACCAUGCAUAGGACUUGUUAAAGCGGUAAAAGCUUGCCUGAAGAAGACGUCAGUUGCUGUGAGAAGUAACGGAGAAUGUGUAACUGUGGCACAGAUCACAGAACUGGACAAAUUAGCAGAUGUUAUGAGGUUAACGAGUCCCGCUGUGGAUGACUUUGUUUCUGGAUUGUAUGCUCCAUUGGAUCUUGAAAUGGCAAAAGACAAUGCAAGAAAACUGGCAGAUAUUGUAUUGGAGCUUUUAGAGCUGUCAAAGACUUCUCACGUGACAUUUGAUGAAGAUGUACAGUGGAUCACUUUUCUGAAAAAUGCAGUUCAACAUAACUUGGAGAAAAUUCAGAAUCCAGUUAAUUCGUAACCCGGUACAAAGGAUGAUAAAUAAGUAAUAAAGGGCUCGUACCACCUAAACCUUUGACUAUUUCAUUCUGGAUGCAGGAAGUCAUUUUAUUUUAUUUUCUCUUUUUUAAAGGGGGCAUGUCCUUGUGAGUAUUGAUUAUUAAAUUCAUAUGGUUUAGAUUAUAGAGCUUAUUUGGUGCACCAAACACAAAGUUGCGCAUAAAAUGUAUUGAAUUCCUAUUGUGAUGUACGUAUUAGAAUUGAUAUUGUUUCAAUGGAUUUCAUGUACUUUAGUUUGGUUAUAGCCUGUAUUUAUACGGCAUCAGAACCAAUAAAGAAUAAUAAUAAUAUAAGACAAGUUCUGUAUCCCAGCUCCCCAGGGAUGUGAAGACAGCUACAUCCAGGCUAAACCAAGGACAAAAUUUUAACCAGGCAUAACGUCAUCUAAUGUAAACUGCACAGAGACUUUAUUGAGUGGUAUAGUAGACUUUACUUUUCAUAUUGUUUUAAUUAAAAUGUAAACAGCACAGGUAGAUCCAGAACAUUGUGUCUAUGGGGGGAGGAGAAGCAAAAAUAUAUUAAGAGACAGAAGCAGGGCUUUUAUUUAUUUAUUAAUUUAUUUUAUUUUUUGAGGGAGAUUGGACAUGCCUGGGACCCAUAACUCGAAAGCAUUGCGCAUUGUGACAGAGCGCAAG